AUUUUAUUAAUCGAAAUUAAAUAUUAUUUAAAAAUUGGUUUGUCUAAUAUUUAUUUAUUUCCGAAUAACGCAUUGAUUCUUUAGAAUGGUACGAGGACCUAAAAAACAUUUAAAAAGAUUAAAUGCCCCCAAGCAUUGGAUGCUUGAUAAGCUAACUGGAGUAUUUGCGCCCAAACCUAGCCCAGGACCUCAUAAAUUGCGCGAAUGUUUACCAUUAAUUAUAUUUUUGAGAAAUAGACUUAAGUAUGCCUUGACUGGUGAUGAAGUGAAAAAGAUUGUAAUGCAAAGACUAAUCAAAAUUGAUUGCAAAGUUAGGACAGAUCCAACAUUUCCAGCUGGCUUUAUGGAUGUAAUAACUAUUGAAAAGACUGGAGAAAAUUUUCGGCUAAUUUAUGACACAAAAGGUAGAUUUGCAAUACAUAGAAUAACUCCCGAAGAAGCUAAAUAUAAACUUUGCAAAAUUAAAAAACUAACAGUUGGACCCAAAAGAAUACCUUUUGUUGUUACACAUGAUGGCCGAACAAUCCGAUACCCACACCCAAAUGUUAAAGUAAAUGACACAGUAAAAGUUGAUACUGCAACAGGAAAAAUCUCUGAUUAUAUAAAAUUUGAUUCAGGUAAUUUAUGCAUGAUAACUGCUGGACAUAAUAUUGGUAGAGUUGGUCAAAUAACAAGUAGAGAAAAACAUCCUGGUUCAUUUGAUAUUGUACAUGUUAAAGAUGCCUUAGGUCAUUCAUUUGCAACAAGGCUAAGCAAUGUUUUUGUAAUUGGCAAAAAUAAUGUUGCAUGGGUAUCCCUUCCAAAAAAUCAAGGUAUCAGAUUAACCAUUGCUGAAGAAAGAGACAGAAGAAUAGCUAAAAAACAACAUUAAAUUUUUUAUAUACAAAUAUAAUAUAUUUAUUAAUUAUAAUAAACGAAUAAAUCAUGACCUUUUAAGAUGGUGUUAUGAAC